AUGUGGAAAUAUACUCAAGGAGUCCCUGCACAAUUAAGGUGCGUCCGCGCCAUUGGGCGACGCCGGCACCUGAUAAUAGCCAGAAGGAAAUACUCAACACAACCCCCAACUGCCUCAAAAUCCAAUAUUGGCAAAUGGAUUUUCGGGAUCACUGUUACUGGCUUCAGUGGUGUGGUUGGUUAUGCUUGGUAUGACCCUGCAAACAGAAAACUCCUUGAAGAUAAUGUACCAUACUCCAAAGAAGUGCUUGACCCCAUCUUAAAAGCUUUACCUUCAAAGCUACCAAUUCCUACUUUGCCUUCACAUAUACGACAAUAUUUACCAUGGGCAACAAAAGAGGAGGAGCCCAGUACACCAACUUCAACAAUCACACCUCCAGUCAAAAAGGCUGUCAAAACACCCGACUCAGAGGAGAUAAAACAAAAGGAAGCUGAGAAAGCUGAAAAGAAGAAACAGGCUGCAGCUUUGAAGGCAGAAGAAGAGAAGAAAGCAAAGGAAGAAUCAAGAUUGUUGAAAGAAAAAGAAAAGCAAGAGUUGGCUCAGAAGAAAGUGGAAGAUGAACGUGCAAAGGAGGCAGCCAGACAGAAAGCUGAAGUUGAACGACAAUUGAAAGAAAAACAAGCAUUGGAAGCUGCCGAAAAUGAAGCUCUGGAACUCAUUGUCAAAUCUUUGUUGAAGAUGACUGAAGAUGCUUCAGACAAAGCGAAAGAAGCCAUGGGCAAGAGAAUAGAAGCUGUGAAACAACAUGCAAAGUUGCUUAAGAUUGCCAUGGAAGAUACUGUUGCAGUUCUUCAAAAAGACGGUCAAUGGCAAGCAGUAGCAUCUGCCUUUGAAAUUCGACAAGCAGUCAUGAACGAUUGUGAGAAAAAAGUCAUGGAUGCCAGAUUGCAACUUGAAAAGCUCCGGAAAACAUUGGAUGAAGGCUUUAAUAAUCCCCAUACAAAACACAACAAAACUCUGAUGGUUGGACAAGAUGUAUUUAACCGAGUUUCACACAGUCUUAAUUUAUUUUCAACUGAGGUGUCAAAAGCUGAAAAUGAGGUCAAAAUGGUUGAGAAAUAUAAACAUUUGGUUGACCAAGGCCGAGAGCAAUUUCGCAGGGAACUUGAAAGUAUUGUUCCAAACGUAAAGAUUGGAGAUAAAAAAUCAAAGAAAAUGAGUGAAGAUGAACUGAACUCUUUGAUUGCUCAUGCCCAUGCACGUAUUGACCAGUUACAGAAACAGUUGGCUAAACAAGUUGCCCUUGAGCAAGAACGUUUCCAGGAUGCAGUUCGUGCACAAAGAGAUGAAGAUGCAAAAUUGGCAAGGGAAGGGACUGAAGAGGAAAUCAGGCAUCUGAAAAACCAGUUUGCCCUUGAGAAAGAAAUUAUGAUGAAAGAUGCCCGAGUGAGUUUUGAAGAAGACCUGCGUGCACAUCUCGCUCGGCAAGCUGCUGCCCACAGUGACCACUUGAAAGAUGUUUUGGAGGUACAAAAGAAAGAAUUGGAGACAGAAUUUGACAAAACCCUUAAUAUUAAACUCUUGGAAGAACGAUCAGCCUUCCAAACAGAAAUGUCUGGUUGGAUUGGUCGUCUUAAAGGAAUUGAAGCAGCUGUUGAAGCCAGGGCAGAGACUGAGAAGUUAGCCAAGCAGGCACAGGAAUUGUGGUUGGCUUGUGUUGCUCUGAAUGGUGUUGUACGUCAGGGUCGUAAGAAUCCAUUAUCUAACGAGAACCAAUUGAAACCUCUUAAAAAAGAAAUUCGAACAGUGACAGAUGCUGGACAGAAUCAUCCAUUUGUCACUACGGUUUUAGAGUCCAUACCUGAAACGGCCAUUGAGCGUGGUGUGUGGACUGAGGAUGCUUUAAAAGAGCGUUUUAUCAAGUUCCAUUCUGCUAAUGGCCACUCUGAAAUCUUAAUGGAUUUUGUCUGCUAA